AUGAAUUGCCUUGCAGAUUUCAGGCAGGGUAACCGACAAGGCCAGCCAAAGCCAAACUCCCUGUAGCUUCAUUCCACCAUGUUCAAAGCACUCCUCCUGCUGCUGUGUGUUACCUUGGUGCUAUCUGGGCAUGCACAUGGAGCCACACUAAGAAAUGAAGAGAAAUGGAAGCCACUCAACAACCCCAGAAACCGAGAUCUAUUUUUCAGAACCCUUCAGGCAUAUUUUAAAGGACGAGGUCUUGAUCUUGGGAGGUUUCCAAAUACCUUCUUCAUGAAGGAGAAUCCCAGACCUCUCUCUUUCCAAUCAGAAUAUAUUGCUUCUGCAUUUGGAGAUUAUGAAGAGCAGAAAAACUCAUUUCCAAGUUUCCUGAAAGGCUGA